GGGGUCAAACAGGAAGUCUUCAAACAUAAAAAAUUAUGUGAAAUUCAGCUAAAUUAUCCAGAAACCUAACAUUUUUGUAUAAAAUCAAUACAAAUGGAGUUGCCGUACGAGCUGGCGCCAUGGCCCUGGGAGCCUGCCUGACAUGCUCCUGUGGCGACGCCUCCUCUGACCGUUCACGCUUCUGUGCUUUUGGUUUUGGAGGUGGUUUGGACACCGGAAGAUCACUCUAGGGCUUUUCAGAUAGAGGCAGAGCUUCUGCGUAGCUCAUACCUGUUCUCAUCAGGCCCUGCAGUCUCUUCCGGCGAGACCCGCUCAGCCGAAUGCACGGCUGAGCGCUGGAUUCCGAUACCAGGAGAUCCGAAGGACCCGCCUGGUACUGGUGUACCUAUUCAAGUAUUUGCCAAAAUCUGAUAGAAGAGUUGCAAGUGAGGUGUGCCGCUCCUGGUAUUUAGCAGCCAAUGACCGUUGCUUUAUGAAAAACAAAGUUGUGGUGUUCUACAAGACAGGGUUGAAUGAUGAGAACUCACCAUUGGACAUUUUCGAAAACUCCUCUGUUAUUUAUUACAAUUAUGAAUUUAACGAGGUGGAAAUAUCAAGCAAACUGAAUGGUUUCUGGGAUCAAAUGGGUGACACUAUAAAAACUGUAAAGCUACAAAAUUCUGAUGUAUGUGAGAAAGUUUUUGUCUACAUGCUUGAAAAAUGUGCUUAUCUCGAAGCCCUAGCUGUACAAUCCUGCAAAGAACUAUUUAUGUCCGGGCGGCUAUUAGAAGGCAAAACAGUAGGAUUAUUAUCCAACAGUCUUGAAAAUCUAAAAAUCCUCAGUUUAUCAGGAAACCAAUAUCUUACAGAUGCACUGUUCGAUAGGUUUGUGUCAGCGGCGCCAUCUCUUGAGGAAUUAAAUUUAUCUGGGUGCUCCUUGCAGUUUCAUUUGGGCUUAGUUAAAAAGUUUUAUCCACCAAACAUUGACAUUUUCCAAAACCCAUCAGAAAGUGUAUUAACAUUUUAUUUUGUCUGGCAAUUCAUCAAGUCUAGAGCUAAAUACUUCAAACGAUUGUUGUUUUCAAACACACUCAUCGAUGGAUCAGCAUUAAAGUUGCUUUCAGAAACUGAAAAUUUACAACUGUUAUCUCUGGAAGUUCACUCUUGUGAUCAGUUAACAAACACUGGGUUUUUAGCUCUAACUACGCAUCAAACUACAUUAAGGGAACUUGAUGUAAGUCUGUGCACUCGAGUCACCGACCAAACAUUAGUACACAUCUGCAAAAGUCUAGUCAACCUGGAGUACCUCAACAUACAAAGAUGCCGAGCUGUCACCGAUCUGGGUAUCGCUGAGUUAGAAAAGUUAAAGAAAUUAAAAUUUCUUAACAUAUCUGAAUGUGAAUUGAUAACUAAGGAUGGCCUCAAGAAAGGCAUUUUUAAUGAACAAAACGAAAUCUUAGAGGAACUAGAUGUACAUUCCUUGAAUUUAGAUCAAGCUGCAAUCAUAAUGCUCUCUGAAACAUUGCCAAACUUAAAAUCUUUAAACGUAAGUUUCUGUUUCAAUGCAGUUACAGAUGUAUCCAUACAAGUGAUUUUCAAAAACCAAGUGUUACUACAUACAUUAAAGAUGAGUCACUGUGAUAAAGUAUCUGAUGCUGGAUUGACAGGCAUGAGGAAAGUAGAAGCUGAAGGGGAUGAUGAAGCCUCCAUGUCUGAUUACGACGAACCUGAUGUUGUUCGUCCUAGAAUACACCUUGGAUCCAGAGCUGAAGAAGAAAUUGUAAGGGAUGCUAGGAGAAAACGCGACGUGAUGCGUAUGUGCGAGAAAUUGACCACGAACUCCUUCACAGGUUACUCUUUAGCGCGUAUGAAAGGUCUUCGUGAACUGGAUGUCAGCAGCUGCAAUAAAAUAACAGAUGUUAGCCUAACCUAUGCAUUUAAUUUCAAAGAAAUGAUAAAAUUAAAUCUGAGUAGAUGCCAGCAAAUAACUCACGAAGGACUAGAACACCUCGUUAAAAACUGCCGCAGUAUUGAAUACUUCAACUUAACUGAUUGCUAUAACUUGACAGACGAAGCUGUAAAAGAGAUUGUAACAGGCUUGCCAAGAUUACAGCACUUGGAACUACGUGGUUGCAAUCAACUUACUGACAGGAGUUUAGAAGCUGUGAGGUCACACUGUGAAAAGCUGAAGUUCCUGGAUGUCCAAGGUUGCCGAUUCAUGUCACCUGAACUAGCAUGCGCGAUUGGAAGCCUGCCUACACUGCAUACAGUACUAAUGUCUAAACCAGGACCUUAUAUUACGGACGGCCUUAAGAACAGGUCAUCAGCUCCAGCAUUUUUACCUGCUUUGAUGAGAAAAUUCCGAUUGCAUUAAUUUCCCAGAAAAUCUUCUUGAAACAAAUUGUAACAGUGAAAGUAAUUGUUUUUAAACUGUUGACAUACUCUAUCUUCCUAAUGUAAUACAGUCUCGAUUUCUGAAACUAAAUAUCUUUACGUAAAACACCAACUCAGUUAAAGAUACAAAAUUAUCUUUUUCAUUUACGUUAAUCCGUAAUAGGUAGUGAUACGUGUUUAAAGCGACCAUUAUUAUGUUUUAUUUGUAAAUAACGAUAGUAUAUUAAUUUGUAUAUAUUUUUUCGCAGUUGCGUAAUACAACUAAUCUAAUAACUUAACAUUGUACUUCUCUAUUAUUUAUAUAAG